AUACCUCACAGCCAUGGGUUGGGACCUGAAGGUGAAGAUGCUGGGGGGUCAGGAGUUCCAGGUGUCCCUGAGCAAUUCUACACUGGUAUCAGACUUGAAGUGGCAGAUCACCCAGAAGAUUGGUGUGCAUGCCUUCCAGCAACACCUGGUUGUUCACCCAAGCAGCGUGGCACUGCAGGACAAGGUCUCCCUCGUCAGCCAGGGCCUGGGCCCCGGAAGCACAGUCCUGCUGGUGGUGCAGAGCUGCGACAACCCCCUGAGCAUCCUGGUGAGGAAUGACAGGGGCCAAAGCAGUGCCUACGAGAUCAGGCUGAUGGAGAGCGUGGCCAGCCUCAAGCAGCAGGUAUGCUUACAGGAGCGCAUACAGAACGACCAGUUCUGGCUGAGCUUCAAGGGGAAGCCAAUGGAGGACAAGCUCCCUCUGGGGGAGUACAGCCUCACACCCUUGUGCACAGUGUUCAUGAACCUGCGCCUGCGGGGUGGGCGGGGUGGGAGGGAGGGGGCAGAACAGGAGCCCCACCAGCACCUGACCAGGAGCAAAAGUUGAUACUGGAAAUAAAUGUGGAUGCGAAGAGCAAGGCCUACCUGUGUCUACCUUCAUCCCCUCUUGAGCAGCCCCAUCUUUCUGACCCUCAGCCUGCACCCCUGCUGUGGGGUUCAUAGAAUCAGGUGACCAGGACUGGGUUUCCAAAUUAAGGGACAAGGAUUUCACAGUUAGAGACUGUUGGGAUCAAAAUAAGGACAUUCUCCCUCCAUAACUGAAGACAUCCCAUAGCCUGUAGGAAAUUAACUUCUAGAGAAAGAAAAAUAGAUGCAUUUGCUGGGGUCCAUCCUGACGGGGAAGGGUAGGGGCUCUGGAUCAGCAGACAGCAUAGGGAGGGGCAGGCCUGGUCGGUCCCAAAGGCCACAGGGUGUGGCUCCCUAUGGACUGUCCCUCCCCAGAGUCCCUGGA